UGACUUGUAUGACUUCUAUCACUAUUUCUACAUGCUGACCAACGUCCUGUUCUACGUCAGCUCGGCCAUCAAUCCCAUCCUCUACAACCUGGUGUCUGCCACCUACCGCCAGAUCUUCUUCUCCACGUUACGGUACUUCUGUCUGCCCUGCCGCCAUACACCCAGGAGGCACCCCCACCCCCUUACCCGCCACUCCAUCAGCAUCUCCAGCAACCACACCCUCGCCACCAACAUCAUCAAAGAGACGGCAUACUGAUUGGGCUGCGAUGGGGCACACUCUCUCAUACUAUAAACCCAUCUUGUGGUUAAUGGUUCAUUUUCAUCAAGGAAAUUCUGGUACCGGUUUGGAGACUGUUAGCAGAGGCUGAUCUGGUACUGGGGUCAUUGUCAUGUGCCGUUAAGUGCCCACUGUGGUCUUAUUUCUGAUUCACAUUUUAUUAUAUGUUAUUGUAAGUGUUUUUAUUUAGUAUAACGUAAUAAAACACAUUUGUGAAAUCAAAAAACAAAAUAUGACAAUGGAAGAAAAAAAAAGCAAGGACAAGCAGUGAAGGAGUAUCUUUUGAAAUGUUAACUGAUAUGUAAAUGUUUUAUACAGUAUAUUUCUAUGUAAGUGUUUUUAUUGGACUUUGGAUCAUUCACACUUGCUUGGUGCUCUACGGUGUAAAUAACUCCACUAUUUCUGUGUUUUGUAAGCUUUAACAUUUAAAAUUUCGGAACGUACUUUCUCUAGAACAAUGGCUUCUGGCUUUCUACACCACAAAAGUUCUGAUGUAACCUUCCUUUGUGCUAUUUUGUGUGAGUAUCUGUGGAUAAACCUGGCUUUGAUGUUAGAAGAAAGAGAGGCAGAGAGUAGGUAUUACUCUUUCUUGAAUCCAAGUUGCAGUGACAGCUGUAUAAAUCACUUACAUCAUUACGACUGACUUCUCUUGCCUCUCUUGGCUUUGUCACAAGCAGCUUUUUAACGACACUUUUUGUUGAAUAGAGGGUGGGUCCAGGUAAUCGUCACACUGCUUAGACUAUAAUAUGAAUGUCUAUUGGAAUUCUUAAUAGUUAACAGUCUUCUGCAUUCACAACAGCCUUUUAAAAAUGUGAAGUGGGUAGACACAGACAUGGAGAAGUGAGCAAUUAUUUAGUUAAGGAUUUGUACAAAACAGUAGUGAGCAUGUGGAGCAAAUAACACAUGUUGGAAAUGAAGUCAUGCAUAGACACAAGCAUGCCUACCCGAAAUGAA